AGGCACCCAGCGCGCGUUCCGUGUCGCCCAUUGUUGUCCUCGUCGCGCGUAAUGGCCACCGCGGGCUCUCGUUAGCGCGUCGCACGGUACGCCAUAUCGCAUCCCGGCCUAGCCCGUACAACGGAUAACGCCGCGAGUCGCGUCUAGUCGCAAAACGGCACGUUCGACGGUUUUACGUCAUCGCCGCCGCCGCCGAUCGAGGCGCGGACGGAGUACGAGCGAGCGAGUGAGUGAGCGAGCGAACGAGCGAGCGAGCGGGCGGGCGGGCGGUCGAGCGGGUGAGAGGGAGCGACAAAGAGGAAACGACGUACGCGAGGAGGAAGGAGCGGCGACGGCGGCCGCCGCGCGUUUCGUACCCACAAUCGCCGCAACCGCCACCGCGCCGCUCUACGCAGCCGACCAUGAUUUGCGCGGGCCGACGUUGACAAGCGUGUGAUCCAACGAGCGGGUGAUCGUUCGCGCGCGCUCGAACCGCGUGCUGAAGCGUGUACGAGCGCGCGUGGUCGGACGACGAGCCAAGCGCCAAGCCAAGCCAAGCCAAGCCGAGUCGAGCCGAGCUGAGCUGAGCUGAGCUGAGUUGAGCUGAGCUGAGCUGUGCCGAAGCGAACCAAGCCAAGCCAAGCGGACCCGAGCCGAGCCGAAUCGAGACGAGCCGGAUGGAAUAGGUGAAGUACACGGAGAGUACAGAACCGGAGUACCGGAGUUGAGGCAGCACGCGAGUAGCGGACGAGCGAACGCACCACGAGCAGUCGCGAGUUUGGAUGACGCGGUCCAGCUUUGGAAAUCGCCGCCGCCGCCGCCGCCACCACCACCACCACCACCGCGCGAGGGAAGCGUCGUCCAUCGAAGCGCUCAACGAAAUCGAACGCCAUUGAUUUCUCGCGCGGCUCGAACGGCGCGAUAAGAGCAUCGUGUCGCGCGCGCGGGGCACGCAACACCGUUCCCCCCGAUCGCUCUCCCCCUCGUAGAUGCUGAACGUGAGCCGCGUCGUGUGUUACGACGGCGACGUGCACGCCCGCGCGAACUCGACGAAGCGCGCGAGGUCGUCGUGGUCUUCUUCGUGGUGCCCGCCGCGCGGCAGUUCGCGCCGCCACCGCCGCCGCCGCCGCCGCUGCCGUCAUGGCAACUAGAGGAUCGUCGGUUACCGCACGGCAGCCGGACUAUUAACCCCGCGGCUCGUCGGACUAUUACACGGUCAAAGGCAAUACAUCAAUGGCCCUAGAAUCAAAUGGCAACAACGUGGUGUGGUUGAACACAACCCGUCCUGAUCAAAUACAGCAGAGUCAACCGAUCGAGCAGCCAUUGAAGUGUUCCAUGUUUACUCAAACGGAACAAACCAAUAGUUUUACCCAGACGGAACAGAGCAAUUCGAGUUACGGAGAUCAGAGACAGCAAACAGCAAUGUUUGAUCCGCAGCAGAUUCAGCAGCAACAAGCUGCUGCGCAGGGUCAACAGUCACAGCAGCAGCAGCAGCAGACCCAGCAGAUGUAUGUCACAUCCGACAAGAAGGAGGACAAGUCUCAGCAGCAGCAACAGACGACGACUGCCGAGUUCCCUUCUUCCUUCUACUACAACGUCAACAUGUUGCAGAAGGUUCAGACAAACGCGGUGAGCACAAUCAGUGCAAUCACCGACGACAAAGGUUGUUACCGUUUCGAUGUUCAACCUGUCGGUUAUAAUACGUUGCUGAAUCAGAUGAGCAUUGCCGCCGCUAAUGCAACUUUCAAGUGUGAGAUUUGUGGGCUGGUCUUCGGUCACAUGAGUCUACUGCAGCAUCACAAGCGGAUUCAUACCUCGACGCCCAGCAACUUACAACAACAGCCGCAGCAGAUUGUGGUUCAAACACCAACAACAGUGACUGUCGCCACCACGCCGGAUAGACCGUAUACUUGUGACGUUUGUGGAGCGUGUUUUGCAUUACCGGGAGAAUUAAAAAGUCACAAAACAAACAUGCAUCAGAAACCUAAGGUGCAAAUUUGUGAAGAUUGUGGCAGUGAGGAUCCAUGCGAACAUCAUCCAACUAAAGUUAAAAAGACUAUCAAACCUGGUCAUCAUCCUGUGAAACGAAGGGGUGUCACCAGUGUCACCAAAUGUCAUAAAUGCAACGGCACGGGGAUUAUUUUUAUUGGUAAACACGACGAAAAACUAGAUUCCGGAAUCAGUUCCCUCGCAAAGUGUGGCGGCUGCAAGGCUACAGGCCGCAUCGUCAUAGGAAGUGGCAAGCAAAACAGUCAAAAUCAAGCGGAAAAACCGUUUCAUUGUAAUGUUUGCGACGGUACAUUCUCUCGAUAUUCUUCACUCUGGUCCCAUAAAAGACUUCAUUCGGGAGACAAACCAUUCAAAUGUGAAGUUUGUGGAUUAGCUUUUGCAAAAGCCGCGUAUCUGAAGAAUCAUGGAAGAGUUCAUACAGGUGAGAAACCAUUUAAGUGCAACGUAUGCGGCAUGCAGUUUUCCCAAAGUCCGCAUUUGAAGAAUCACGAACGAAUUCAUUCCGGCGAGCGACCUUAUCAGUGUGAGGUUUGCGAAAAGACAUUCGCUAGACACUCGACGCUCUGGAAUCAUAGAAGAAUUCACACCGGCGAGAAACCGUACAGGUGUAAUAUUUGUGGUUCUGCCUUCAAUCAAGCUACACAUCUCAAAAAUCACGCGAAAGUUCAUACCGGUGAAAAACCGCACAGGUGCGAUAUAUGCGAGAUCGGCUUUUCCGAUCGUUUCGCGCUGAAGCGUCACCGUGCGAUCCACGAGAAAUAUGGCCAAACGGCGCGAAACCCAAAUACGAACAACACGGCGAACGCGCAGCAGGCCAACGCGAGUAGUCAGCAGCAGCAAUCGCAGCAGCAACAACAGCCGCAACAGGCGCAGCAAGGCCAGGUCGUGGUUGUGAAUGCGACCACUCCUGUCACCGUUAGCCAAGGGCAAGGCCAAGUUAUACUCGACGAAGUCUACAAGUGUCAGGUGGCCUUCCCAGAGCCUAAAUGAUUCAGCUAGAGAAUACCUUUCAGGAGCUGGUAAAGAGGUUAACUUUUUAACCUUUUUUUUUAAUAUUAAUCUUGAGAACAGCAAAAUCCAUAUGAUAUGAAAGAAACGGAUUUUACUUUAAAAAAAGAGUAGAAGUGAAUCCCGCAUGAGUGACUGAACGGCGCAUCUCUUUUGUGUGUGUGUGUGUGUGCGGCCACUCGGAUUCUGUGGAAGAACAUUUGGUGAUUAUAUCGAUAGAGAUUGGAUUUAGAUAUUGAUAAAGAUUUCCAAAAAAAGAAAAGAAAAAAAAGAAAAAAAUAUGGACCGAAAGACUCUGCGCGAUAUUGCGCGAGUGAGAAAUUUCGUGGAAUGUAUUCUCGGAAGUUUAAUUCGUAAUAUACAAUUGGACAAUUUCUAAACCGCCAAGAUCAACGAAGUCUUUUUGUGAAGUAAUAGAGAAAUACGUCUACCUUUAUAUUUUGCCAUUCGAAAAGGUGGAAGAAUAAUUGAAUCGUAUAUCGCGGCAUACAUUUCGUAUAUAUUAGUUUUCUAAAAAUAAAACGGAAAAAUGUAAUUGUAAUCAUUCUUUCUUACAUAUGUGUAAUAAUCGUUAAUUUGUCCACGAGAACAAAAUUGCUAGACGUCUUGCCAGUACUUCAUGAUUUCAUGAAUGGCAUUGUGCAAUAGUUCAGACAAAUUUUGCGAUUACGCCCGAUGACAAAGUGUACUUUCGAAUGAUUGUAAUAACGGAGGAUUGCGGCGGUGUGUGUUUCGGUAAUGAAAGGCGCAAGUAUAAGGUAUCGAGUAUUUUUUUUUCUCUUUUUUUUUCUUUUUAGCAAAUUUAAAAUAUACGUUUGAGAAAUGCCCAAACCUCGGCCCUUCCAAUUCUUCUCGAUAUCAGCAUGAGGAUAGAGUGCGUGCGUCAAUGUUUAAAAUUUAUAUGACUAUAAGAUUUAAACUAUCUAUUUAAUUUCUUGACCGCAUAAAUUAUUUAUGUGACAAAUGAACGCGCGAGUGAGCACAUAGUCAACGAGAUUUUUUGUAUGAUGCCCCCCCCCCCUCUCUCGGAAAAUUUUGUACUUGCGGAUAGCGUGGAACGGAACGACAUCGCGAUCUGUGCGAGCCCUCUUCCGUCCAGUCAUUCGAGAUCAGAAAGCAUCGCUGAGAUGACAACAACGAUCAUGGUGAGCGGUGAAGGAGAAAGUAGUGCGGCAUAUAUAAUUCGUUGGGGCUGCAAUAAUAAUAGUGAAUAUUGACGGGCAAACUAAACUAAAUCGUUUUAUAAUUUUAAGAGGCCGCGAACUAUAUGAAUAUAUAAUAUAACUGAUGAUAAAUAGUUGCUAGUUUGUAACAAGUAGCUGAGCUAGAUUAUAUACAUAUAAAUAUAUAUAUUAUAUAUACAUUAAUUUUUAUAUCCCCACUUGUUAAAGCGAUCCCGCACCGUCGCUAUUUUUAAGUAUCAAUCAUCACCAAACGAGUAGAUUGUAUAUUGAUAGCUCCAUACAUUCAUGAUUGCUGAUUUGUGUGCUUUACAGUAUCUCAUUUUUCGAAACUAUUUGGAUACCUUUCCGAGAGUGCUCUUGCAAUCAUCUCUGCUUUAAACGCAAACAUUUUCUUAUACUAUUAUUUUUUGCAUUUUUAUUUGUUGCAAACUCGUCAUUGAGUUAUUAUCAAACGCGCACCCUCUCUAUAGUUUAUAUAAUUUUAAAAGAUUUUAUAAUGUGACUUGUGAAAGGGGAUAGAUUGAAACGGCUUGAGGGUGUCCUAGAUAAUUCUUUUUUUUAUAUGAAAUUGGUCCAUUACAUUUUCACGGAGAAUAUCACGAGACAGUCCACGUGAUUGCUAAUAAAUUUACCAUUCGAUUUUCGUACGGAAUCCAGAGAAUAGGGGAUAUUUCUUUGUUUUACUAAUUAACUUGUAAAAUAAAGGUAAUGCGAUUACAUAAUUUUACUUUUAUAUGAUAGUAAUACCUGUUACAGUAUUUUUUCGAUUAGACUAGAAACUUUUUAUGCUGAAUUUCCUAUUCUCGUUUUCGGUUUUUCGGGAUUAGAACUAGAGAUGUCUAAAUCGUGACUCACGAGCAAUUCAUUUUACAGUUCAUUUAUCACCACUUCGCGUGUCGCAACUUUGCCGUGCUUGUAACUUUUGCGAAUUGUAGGAAGGACAGUGAAAUAAUGUUGCUACACAUAAUAGCUUAGAUAAGCUCUAAUAAAUACGGUCAAAGACGAAGAAACUGUGGUGAUGAUAUAUGUGCUCGAAACUAAAUUGUCGGGAGUCACAGAUUAGAUACACCUAAGUUAUAAAAUAUGACUCAUAGUCGGCACAUAUAACGCAGCAUCGUAUGUUUUACCACAAAACGGUUAUAUUCUGUUCUCUCUUCUUGUAUUGCGAAGAAAAAAGAAAACAAAUUUUGUUUUAAGUUGAUGCACAAGCCUAUCUUCCAUUUUGAUUAUGAUCACCGAGAUGUAAAACAGAAUAAAGGUAAUCUUUGAUCCUAACACUUUUGGUACAUUUUGCACAGGAGCGACGUUUCUUUUUUUUUCUUUUAAUGUUUAUAUUUAGAGAGAACCUAUCCCGAUAGAUAGUUUCAACGAAAUGGGAAUAUAAUACCUCAGUAUUCUGUAUAUUUGCUAGAGUAAGUGCAGAUAAUUCGAUCGUUUCACUGCAGAUAGUAUUGUUACAAUUGUCACGCUUCUUUUCAGGAUAGUACUCACCGAACAACGAGCACGAAAUCAAAUUUUCAACGUAAAAUAAUUCUAAAUAAGUCGAGUAAAUUGAGUUAGACGCUAACGUUGAAUCAUCUUGAUGAAACAUUGUGACACAUUCGGUACUUCGUACAAUCUCCCAAAAAUUUUGACAGCAAAAAUUCAUAUUUGCUAUUGAAAUUUGGAGAAUUUGUUGCUCGUUCGUUCGUUGCGCACACGUUCUUUCCGCAAACAAUUUGAAAACAGUAACACAGAAGAGUGACAAUAAUUGAUUCUGGUACAUUUACAAUCAUGUAUGUACUUGUAAGAUUAGAAGAAAUAUGCAGUAUUGUCGUACAAUACACGCUUAGCCAUUUAACUAAGCGCAAGGAUAAUUUUUUUCGAAAUACUUCAAAUCUCCGUGAUUUUAUUAUCCAAUUCGAUCAGCGAAGGAAAUUAUUGUUGUUCAUUGUUUGCGAUGAUUUUAAAAGUUAAAUUUCUCUUUCUCAAGCAAAAUUAUUUUAUAGCAAUUGACAUAUGAAUGUCAUAUUUUAUGUUAUUUCGUCUUAUCAAUCUUCCGCUAUUCUCUUUCAAAUGAAUUUUGCGGACUCUCCCUCAGGUACAAAAUAUACUUGGCAAGUUAUAUAUGUAGCACACUAAUGUAAUUACACGAUUACGAAGCUUAUUUUACCACAGUUUUAUUAUAGGAGUUUUUACUGUAAUUGAACAUUUAUGUACGAAAGGACAGUUUUAUAUAAAUGGCAAAUAAAAAUGUACAAAUUCGGACGUGGACGUGCGUCAUAACACUCUACUCUGCGUAAAUAUAAAAUUACAAUAAAUGCAAAAGUUUUCGUCGUCAAGCUUUUAAGAAUUUCACGCUGGAAGGUUGCAUGUGCAUUCCUAGAAAAAUGUUACGUUUGAAUCGUCGAAGUAACUCCAGACACACUGAUCCUAUCAAUGUGAAUUCUCAAGGCUUGAUAACAUUAAACUGUUUUGUAUUUACGUAAAAAGGGCGUCAUAACUCACAUCCGCAUUCGAAUUUGUACAUUUUCAUUAGCCGAGAUGUACAAUUUUUUUAAUUGUAGCCUUUAUUGUCCUAUAUAUGUACUUAUAGAUAAAUACAUAUUUACAUAUAUAGGUAUCGUAAAUUAAUCGCAAUGUGCUAGAGGGACACAAAUUAAUUCGCACGCGUUGUCUUCUUAAUUCUUACAUGAAAAAUCCGUCGAAAAGUGAUAAUUAAUUACGUCAAAUCGGAUAUAUAAGACAAAUUGAAUAUAGCAAAUCAGAGAGUAGAUUGAUUAAGGAUAAUCUCAUAAUUAAGGAAAACUCAUUUAAAUCAGAAUAGUUUGGAAGUAUUUUUCUUAAUUCCAAUGUAUUCUCUGAUUUUCUGAGAUUUCAUUUUAUAUACACUCAUAAAAUAAUACGUUUUAUUGAAGUGUAUUUUUUUAAUUAUAGUAUUUUGUCCUAGAUACUUGAUUCGAUAUAAUUAAUGAUUUCUCGAUACAUUCAUCAUGUACAUACACUACGGAUUGAUUCAUGUCACGCUUCACUGGAUUAAUUGACGAUACAUAUAUAUCUACAUUUGACAUGGUCAUACGUCUUGACAAAGAUAUUCCACAAUGUUUCAAGAAAUAAUGAUCAAUUAAAAAUCUGUUAUAUUAUGUGUGAAUAAACAGGAAUUUUUUUUUUUUUUUUGCACAGAAAGCAGACAUGCGACUCUCGUAUCAUGAUUUAUGUGUGUGUGCUUAUAUGUAUAUAUGCAUGUGCAUGCAUAUGUACAUGUGAUGUUUACCCGUGGACAGAUUAAGAUUGUGAAGGCUACAAUUAAAAAUAUUUCAAAAUCGAAUAGGAGGGCUCUAAUCGUGAAAUAAUCUGUCGCGGAAUAACAAUGUAAAAGAAAAUAUACAAGAUUAAUAGGAAUCACGACGCGAUUUGUAACGACAAUGUGAACGAUGUUCUCGACGCGAUGCGUCUUCAAUUAAUAUUCACGCGAAACCUAUUUUUUUGGAGAGAAAAGUCUCUAUUUUGAUUACAUCGCUAACUCUAUCGAAACUGUGAUCAGACGGUCAAAUUUACACGGCUUAAAUAAGCGUCUUCAUCAAAAGUUAAGACAAAUACUCUUAGAACUGUUCAAAAACACUGUGAGCGAAUACUUGCGUUGACGAGCGCGCAGACGAAAAUCCUUUUUCGAAGAUACUUUUAUACACUUAUACAUGCGUCAAAAAAACUAAUUAAGAAGUCGAGAAGAAACUGUGGAAAAUAACUGAAAACGAAGUGUAUGAAUGUAAUUACGAGUUAAUUACGCGGCUCAUAGUAAUUUUAAGUAACUUGUCGAGAAUUGCUGCAGAGCAGAUACGGCGCUAUAUAUAUCAGAACUAUUAUUAUUUCGUUAUUAUCACGUUAAAUAUCUUUUGCAGAUCUAUUUUUGCAAUAGCUUCUAAUUUAAUCACGUGCAUUCAGAUUGCAAUCGCGGCGCGGUAGAGUUAUGCUUGCAAUUAUGCGAUUUUAAGCGGUGUGUCUUCCCGCAGCAAUUCCAUGCUCCGAAUACUAAUAUUUCGUAGACGAGGAACUCGUAGAGCUUCCGUUUGAAUCAAAAUCGUCGGGAAGCGUCUUCCUUAAUCUCAGUGUACUGUCUGAUUUGCCGAGAUUUCGCGAUUUCGUUGUACAUACGCCUGUGAAACGAGAAGAAACCCAAUUGCCCGAGAGGUCCCGGAUAUAUUUUUUCAUCCGUUAUUUCUUCGCUAUUCUCGUGCAACCGUAUCGAACGUAAUUCCAAGAGUCAUCGAGCAUGUCGAAUUAACGAGCGAUUCGCUGAAGAGCGACUAUACUUUUGCAUUGUUAAGGGUCGAGGUUUCGGAAUGGCGAUUACAAAAGCCGUAUCGUUUCUACGACAACGUGACUUGCGUUCCCUGAAUGAUAUCUCGUAAGGAUCCUUCCGAAUUAAUCCCUUUCAGACACACACCCUUCCAGCGUGGAACUCUCUUGAAAGGCCUGAGAACGUCAAACCGUUUUGCGCUUACUGUAAUUUUAUAUUUACGCAGAGUAGAGCGUUGUAACACGCGUCCGCGUCCGAAUUUGUAUAUUUCCAUUUGCCGAAGUGUACUAUUUUUUUAAUUGUAGCAUCUUACUGUCCUAUAUACCCGUCUCGAUGUAAUUAACGAUCAUUUCUCGGCGCAUUCAUCAUGUACGAAUGAAAGAGGUCACACCACGUGCGGAUUGAUUUGUGUCACGCCUCGCUGGAUUAAUUUACGAUACAUAUAUACCUAUCUAUAACGAUAGUUAUAGUAGUGAUUUUUUUAUAAUAAAACACGUUCCUAAUAAAUUAUCUGUUCUUCAUAUGUCGUACGAAUAAGCGUAAACGAUUGUAAAGGCGAUAUUCUGAUACCGAGUACUGUGGAUAUCGUUACCUGCUGAACGACGAAAUGUGUAAAUUAGGAUUAAACGGCCUCUCGUAACGUAAGGAAGACUAAGGAGCCUUCGAAGAGGAGUUUGCAAUUUUCUAAGCUAAUCGGCGCGUUUAUCGCGCGUAUACGACGACACACGUGUGGGCUUAACUUUAUUCACCUCUUCCCCAGGAGACAUGAGGAGACAUUUUGAUAAUUGUAAAAAAAAAGAAGAAAGGAAGAGACAAGAUACUCAUGAUAUCCGUUCGUCGUUAACGUGGAAAUAACGUGGAAAGGAAUCGUGCUGUGUUGAAUAGAAUGCCAUCGCUACGACUACACCCUGUGUCGGGUGCACUUUCUACUGUUAGUUUUACGGGAAUGCUGAAUACCGACGUCUUCUUUUUAACCCCCUGCCUCCAUUCGAAUCGUUUAAUUCGAUCACUCUGUAUCGCGUAAGACGACGAUGUACGCGCGAAGAGAUGUAGGGUCACUGCGUCAAUCAAUAAACGGAUAAAAACUAAACAUAAUUACAUUUUUAAUUAAAAGAAGGAUAUUUCAAUCAAGUCUGUAUGAAAAUUAGAUCUAAAAAUAAAAUAUUAAUUUGCAAUUUAUUAUCUUAAAGUUUUAUUAUAUUUAUAUUUUUCUUAAACAAUCACUGGUGAUUGUUCCGCGACUGGGCGCAGUGAUCCUACUUCUGUAAUGCUAUGUUACUUUAAUGUAAGUUAAAAGUCAUCCUCAAGCAUUAUCACGCUCUACCUCUAUUUCUGCCUCUUUCUUCGACCCUCCGCAAUCACGAUUUCUCAAUUCGCAGACAAGAGGAACUUGUUUGCGAAUUGAGAAAUGUUUUUGCCAUCGAUUAUUUUAUUGCGAUAUAUUUAUUUUUCUCGCGUUCGCAAGUGCAACCGGAACUCGGCGGACUUUUGCGUGUCCGGAAUAUGAUUGAAAUAAAUGAAUACAACGUUCAUCGCAACUAAAUUUUCACAUACAAUCCAAAAAAAUAUUGUUAAAAAUGGAACAAACUCAGACAAAUUAAUUUUAUCAGAAUAUCUUUGAAGAAACUCGAUUAGAUAAUUGGAACGUCCUUUGGACGGUUUUUAACAGUUAAAGUAUCACUCUCUUUCGAACAAUCAAGUGUUUUACGUUUGAAAACAGACCGAGUAAAAAUUCCGGAUAACAAAGAGUCCGCUGGGAGUUACGAGUGUGAAAUAGCCGUAACUGAUAAACUCGUUCGUAUUAUAUGCUACUUUACGUACGAGGGGGAAGAAGAGAGGAAAAAGAAGUAUAAGGAGGACGUCACUUUUAGAUUAGUCUACUGUCAAUAUACCUAGAACGAUAAUUUUGAAUGUAACGUGUAUCAUACUUGACUAUCGCUUAGAUAACGUGCAAACCGUACCGAAUAAAGGAAACUAGCGCACGAUUAUAUCAGACUUUAGGUGAUAAUAAUAAAUGAUGUCCGCUACGGACAUUUUCAUUUUUCAAGGCUGGGUGACCUUUAUUUUCGUCGUGGAUGCGUGCGUGCGUGCGUGCGUGCGGGUGCGAGCCAAGAGAGAGAAACAUACGUGUUAUUUUAUACAUUGAUUACAUGGAGAGAUAAAACUUUGUAGAAUUCCGAAAGGCCACAAUAA